GGUGUCUCUUACUUUGUCAAAACAACAUUUUUUCAACGAUGUCUUCAUUGAUUUUACAUCGAAUAUCUCGUCAAGUUAUAGAAUGUGGGAAACGAUCGUACAGAUUAGAACCCACAAUAGCAAAAUUUAGUUUUUCUCAAACUGGUACUCACACAACUCAGGUUCAAGCAAGGACAGAAGUUACCUCGGCAAAUCGAGAAGUAAUAUUCUCUGAAGGGAAUGGAAAGAGCGUAACAGACUCUGAACUAACUUUCGAGUGGAGUCAGCUUCAGACUGCCUACCAAUCUAAACGGAAUGAGGAGAUUUUACGCGCAAUGUUUGUACUGAAGAUAUGUUCCUACGACACUUUCGUCCGCAACAGUAUGCAGCUUAUGUCUUUAGGUCGAUGGGUGCUGGGAAGAACACUGUUUGAAUUUCUACUACGCAAUACCAUGUAUAGCCAGUUUGUGGCUGGGGAGACUCUACCAGCUAUACAGAACACAAUAAGAGAGCUACGUCAAUGUGGAAUAGGAACAAUGUUAUGUGUCCCUAAUGAAGAGGAUCUUUCAACUGAUUAUGAUAACUUUAGAGAUAGGGAAGCUAUGUUUGAUAGAAAUGCAAAUGCCAUCUUUGACUGCAUUGGAAAGACAGAAGAAGGAGGCUUUUCACAAAUGAAAGUGACAGCCAUAUGCAGCCCUAUGCUACUAAAUGUGUUGAACAAGCACUUAGCACCAUAUGAGGCCAGUACAGAGGCACUUGAAGGACUUGACAUUCCAAGUUUUGCCAGAGGGUUUGAUGGGAAGUUAAAUGUGCCCGUUUUAAAUGACAAUCAAAAUGAGCAUCUCUUCAAUGUAAUGAAAAGACUAGAUAAAUUUGCUGAGGCAUGCAUAAAUCGCAAUGUGCGAUUGGUGAUCGAUGCAGAGCAGACAUAUCUACAGGCAGCAAUCAAUCAGUUGGUGUUAGUACUUCAGUACAAAUACAACAGAAACAACCCUUGGGUUUACAACACCUAUCAGUGCUACAGAAAGGACACUUAUGACAGAGUGAUGGCAAAUUUGGAAUUGAUGCAAAGACUAGGUUUCCACUUUGGUGCUAAGAUUGUUCGUGGAGCAUACAUGACAAUGGAGAGGAAUCGAGCAGCUGAUAUGGGUUAUGAUGACCCAAUACAUAACAGCUACGAGGAUACUUGUAGAAUGUAUGAUCAAGUGGUAGACACUUUGUUACACUUGGCAAGUCGGACUCCAGCAGAAGUCAUGAUAGCCUCUCAUAAUGAAGAAUCAGUCAAACUUGUUGUUCAAAGAAUGAAAGAACUUGGCAUUGCACAGGAUGCAGGGAAGAUUUCAUUUGGACAACUGUAUGGGAUGUGUGACCAGGUCUCUUUCUUAUUAGGGCAGAAAGGCUUCAAUGUGUACAAGUCAGUACCUUAUGGCCCUGUUGGUGAAGCACUUGCUUAUCUUGGGCGCAGAGCCACUGAGAAUAGAGAUGUUAUCAAAAGAACAGAAAAGGAAAGAUCUCUCUUGUGGCAAGAGUUAAGAAGAAGAAUCACUUCCCUAGCUCAUUAGUGUGAAUAAUGCUAUCUUCUGACUAAUGUUAUUAAUUUCUUUCCUUGGCAUAGCUGUCCUUUUAAGGUAGUGAGGAAUAAUCAACAUAUAUUGUUCAUGAAUGAGCCAAAAGUUGGAGAGGAAAUAUAAAAAUAAUGGCCUGGGUGCACAGUUUUGGUGUUACCAAUAAUAAUCAGAUUUGUAAUCAAGGUGGUUUAUUUGCCACUUUGAAAAGCACUCUCAAGGGUUUGAUCCUUGAUGCAGACAAAAUCACAACUGACAGGAAUUUGAUGUUACUCAAGAACACCUUUAUAGUCGGUCUUUUCUGACUUCAAAUAGCUCUAUAGCUCAGAGGAAACAUUUAUAGAAAAACAAAUUUGUAUUCAAUGGAAAACUUCCAUUAAUAGCUAGAUGUUUUUAGUAUAUCUAGUGGCCUC